AUGGGAGGAGUGGGAGGAGUGGGAGGAGUGGGAGUGGGAAUGGGAAUGGGAGGAUUGGGAAUGGGAGGAAUGGGAGGAUUGGGAGUGGGAGGAAUGGGAGGAUUGGGAGUGGGAGGAAUGGGAGGAUUGGGAGUGGGAGGAAUGGGAGGAUUGGGAGUGGGAGGAAUGGGAGGAAUUGGAGGAGUGGGAGGAGUGGGAGCAGUGGGAGCAGUGGGAGGAGUGGGCGGCACAUUUGGUGCUUCUGGUAUAGUUGGCACUCCUGUGGGUGGCACAUUUGGUGCUUUUCCUACGGGUGGCACUCCUAUGGGCGGCACUCCUAUGGGUGGCACUCCUAUGGGCGGCACUCCUAUGGGUGGCACUCCUAUGGGCGGCACUCCUAUGGGCGGCACUCCUAUGGGCGGCACUCCUAUGGGCGGCACUCCUAUGGGUGGCACUUGUGCAACCAGCACACAGGAUUCUUGUCCAAUGGUCGAAGCUUUUGGUGCAUGUGCACUGGGCGGCACACUGGCGACUGUGAAGCUGCUGAGGGAGCGGUGGCAGGAGCACCACAACACGCUCAGCAGCAGGACCAACCAGCGUUCCUUCAGCCUUGCAGAGCUCACAGAAAUUGUCCUUUGUGCCGGCUGCGUUACUGUAGUCGCCAUCUGCGAGCGGCUGGCGGAAGGCUACAGUGCUUGGAGGGGCGGCAUGCCGGACCUGGUGCUCUGGAGGACACGCCCGGCCGAACCUCAGCUUCGGGCCGAGCUGCAGGCUCGGAUGGAGAUUCGAGAGUUGAAUGCGCAGAGAAGGAGUGAGUGGUUGGGUGCAAUUGAGCCUAGACCGCUUCCUUCUGGGUUUUUCAAAGGGACGAGAGGGAAUUGGGGAGGGGGGCUGGUUGGGGGCGAUAGAGGGAAUUACUGGGGGGAGGUAAAGCUGGUGGAGGUGAAAGGACCGAGGGAUGAGCUGUCAUGCCAGCAGACUGAAUGGUUGAGGGCACUGCAGGGCGAUGGGGUGGAUCACGAGGAGGUGGAGGUGAAAGGGCCGAGGGACCAGUUUUUCCUCCCAGCAGACUGCUUGGUUGAAGGGACUUAA